AGAGUGAGUGUGUAUGUGUGUGUGACUGUGUGUUCUUGCCCUUGGACGCGGGAUUUCGUCUGCACUCUGUACCUUUAUAGUCGUUCUGAUAUUCUUGUUAUCUCCUUGCCCUUGAGUGGACAGCCUCCGUCUCCGCCACGAUGCUUAAGUUGUAUAUUGAUCUUAUGUCCCAGCCGUCCAGGGCAUUGUACAUCUUUUUGAAGAAGACCAAAAUACCCUUUGAAACUAACCUCGUCAAUCUCGCCAAAGGAGCACACCGCACAGAAGAGUAUGCAGCUAUAAAUCCUUUCCAGCAAGUACCAGCAAUAGAUGAUAAUGGUUUUAAAUUAUCAGAAAGCGUUGCAAUACUACGUUAUCUGUGCCGUGAGCACAAUAUUGACGACCACUGGUACCCUAAGGACUCAAAGGCUCAGGCUCGGGUGGAUCAGUAUCUGGAAUGGCAGCACGUCAACACCAGGAUUUCCUGUGCCAUGUACUUCCAACACAAAUUCCUGAUUCCCAAGAUGUUUGGGACUGAGGUAAACGAGAAGAAGGUUGCUGAUUUCCAGUCCCGCAUGGAAGAUGCCUUGGAGAAUUUUGAAACAAUAUGGCUGAAGGAUCAGCUAUUUCUUGCUGGAAAUAAAGCUUCCAUUGCUGAUAUUCUUGCUGCUUGUGAACUAGAACAACCCAGUAUGGCUGGGUAUGAUGUGUGUGAGGGGCGGCCUUUAGUCACUGCAUGGUUGCAACGUGUAAGAGAAGCCUUCCAUCCUUACUAUGACGAGGGCCAUGCUAUUGUCAGUAAAGUUCGAGCAAAGCAAGGAUUCAAGAUCCCUGGUGCUAAACUUUGAAAUGUAUAGUACAUUGUGAUGAUACAGGCUGGUCCUAUACAAUCAAAUAUGUUAAUUUCAGUAGUAUUGUACAUAUUUUUAUAUUGCUAUAAAGUGUAACAAAAAGAAAAUAUGAGACUUGUUUUUCAAAACAAGUGGAAAAGCACAUCAUAAAAGUAGAACAUAUACUCUAAAUACUAAAAAAAUUUAUUUACAAUUAUAAAAAGAGAAAUUUUAAAACCUGACUGACACUUGGACAGUGAGGGUCAUUUCUUCUCAUAAGUUCUUGAGGAUAAGAUGUGAGGGAAUGCUUAAAUUUAAAGUAUGAUUUUUUUUUUUCUUUUUCUAAAAACAAACAUGAAAAAGUAAGGUAAGUUGCUAGAAGCCAUCAGUCUAUACAUGGUAGGCAGUGUCAGAAAUUUGCCUAUUUCCAAUUUUUUUUUUUUUUUUUUUUUUUUUUUUUUUUUACAGUAUAGGCUAUAGGCCUUACUGUAAAAAAAAAAAUGGAAAUAGGCAUAUUUCUGACACUGCCUACCAUUACAGUGUCGAGGAGAGAAACACAGCCAUACUACAUUAUAUUACAUUUUCUGAAUAAAAAAAAGAAAAUCUUUCCAACCAAACAAAAUCAACACAAAUACUUUGUUGCAUAAAGAACCUUUUUUUUUUAUUUUCCUAUUAUGAAAAUUUUUAAUUUGAAAGUACGUGUAGUUAGAUUAUAUGUUAUGGUAUUAUUACUUAGGUCAUGUUUCUAAUAUUUUGUAGGUCUUAUAUAUGAAACCCCAAAAUAAUCCUAGGCAUGCUGAUAAAAAAGAUAAAUAAAUAAAUAUUAGAAUGACGAGUGUUAUUUCAAUUGAAAAAAGAAAUUGCUGCUUGAUAAAAUCUCUUUUGCUGAUUGUAAUUUGAUUUGCAUUUCUAUCAAAUCAAAUACCAAUUCAAUGCAAACUCCUCUAAUAAAAAAAGAUUGUUGUAAAGCCAAAAAAAA